CCUAGCAACCCUAAACUCUCUCGAUCUAGGCUCAAGGAAGUCACGAAAUGGAUUCGCGAUCAGCUGGACUUACGUGUCGCUCGUGACGGCCCUGAUGUGCUUCAACCCGAUGACAUCAUAACCCUACACGAGAUAUUUCUUGCUCUUCAGAACGCCAAAAACAUCACCUUAUCUGACUUGCGAGCGAGUGGCAUUCACAGAGCGGUGAAGGACAUCGCUGGAGUGGCGACCCGCUGGCCUGGCCGGUUGUGUGAUGACUGCGAUACGAUCAUCGAUACCUGGACCGCCAAGUUUGGUUCUUUGAAUGCAGUUCACCCGUUCUUGUACGGCAGAGGGGGCCGGCUUGAGGGAAUUGCCAGCGUGCACGAGCAAUCUCGCGACGCGUUACUCAAGCGGUGGGCCAAGACAUGUCCCCAAAAUAUUCACCCCAAGCGAUCUCAUAGACUAGGCGACCUAGGCUUUGUCGCUGGAAGCUGGUGGAUCAAUCCUUUGUUCGCACAUCAUGCCGGCAUUAUUGGCCUCGAGUCCUGUGAUGGUGGCACAACUUAUGAUAAACACGGGGCAUAUGCCUUGUUGCUAAAAGACACUGGUGAACUCGAAGCCAGCUGCGAAUCGCGCUUCACCUACCGGGUUCUGCAGAAGGACAAGGGCAAAUUUCGACUUACCUCCGCUACUCCGAGAAGCAGAGAUCCCGUGCGGGUACUUCGCAGCCAUAGUAUCAAUAGCACAUGGGGUCCAAAGGCUGGAGUAAGGUAUGAAGGUGUGUACAGCGUCAAAGGCUGGUCUAUCAAGCAAGCAAGAAGUGCAGACACAUCCGGCGGGCAAUGGAAAGAGGGCGACAUUCUCUUCGAUGUCAGAUUCGAGCGUGCUGACCAGACGCCCAUGGAUGUCGUUAUCAAUCGGCCUACUGCGACUGAAAUCGACGAUUAUGCAGAAUACAAGCGCCUUCGCAAGCUGAGCCGAGACGGUAGAGAAAACGAAGCAAAAGCAGCAUAUGACAAUCAAGAUCAUUAUCCCACAUCCAAGGCUGUGCGCCCCAUUAUGCCUCCACCUUCUCCGCAUGCGGUACAAAAGCCACUAGCUUUCGAUCUUGCCCCAAGCGCACUACGUAAAGACAUGGUUAAACGUCUUCAUUUCGACGAAGAAGCACACGUUCGUGUUUUAGGAGAUGAUGAAGCACUCUCGCCAAAGACUGCUCCUGUUGCAGACCCGUUGGACUUCACAGUAGUGGACAAGAAUAGCACAUUGGCUAUUCCUUCUCGAUCCAACCGAGGAAACACUCACGCAAAAGCCGAUCUGACAUCCAACAGUCCAAAUGGGCGUUCAAGCCCGGCAGGUUCCAAUGCAAGCAGUGCACAUACGACGAAAACGACCCAUACUACUGCCAGCACUCUACCUAAAGUCAACGUCCGAGAGGUGGCCCCAUGGAUCGACUUCGAUGCUGACCUGACCAUCCCUGAGCCGUCCGAAGAGCCGCUGAUAAUCCAUCAACGGCCCAUCAUUGCUCAAACGAACACCACCCCAACAGGUUCACUUAAAGCCCACAAUACUGACUCGCCCAAACUCCAAUCUAGAGAGCAUCUGCAUAGUCCAAUUAAAAGCACUCUUUCGUCUAUUCUUACCGAGCGCCAUUCUGACGACCGACAGGAGAAGAGGCACGAGGGCGACUUCAAGGGCAUGCUUGGGGAAGUCCUUAGUCCUCGGCAUGUGUCGAAGAAGGAGAAGAAAAAUAGUGAAGCUCCUCGCAAAAAGAAUCUAAUGACCAGGCUAUUUGAUGGUAUUCUGGAU